UGAGAGAGACGAUCUUUCAUGGCGGAUUCGAAAAAAGUCGACGAUCUAACCUUCCGAUUCUCCAAGCUGAGAGAAAAAUGCAUCAGAUCCGGAGAAUCUAUUGAAAAUAUUCGAUGGGAGUUCUUGCGAGAUGUUCAUCGAGUUCCAAAAACUCAAUCGAAAGAAAACGAAAGUAGUUUUUUCGCAUGGAACAAGAUAAUUUGGUUUCUUAUCCUGCCCGCAAUCGCUUUGUUGUUGUGUCAGUUGAUUUUGGAAUACAACCCAGACUCUAAAUGCCUCAUUGAGCCAGAUUUCGUGGUUUUGAACGAGAUGGCGCGCAAACCAACCAACUGUUCGCUGCUUUGUGAAGGUGUGAAUGAAAUACAACGGGUCUCUAAUCUUUCUAAGGAGGAGUUCAUCUCCACAUACGCAUAUUCAGGAAGACCUGUGGUUAUUACCGAUGCUGCACAAAACUGGUCAGCCGUGGGUGCGUUCAGUUUCAAGUUUUUCAAACGCCUUUACGCUAAGAGCGAUGAGGCAGAUUUAGAUAACGUCGACGAGGGAUGCAUGUUUUUCGCCUACAAAUCCGGUUUUCAGUCUCUAGCAGAUGCUUUAAGAAUGUCGAAUAAAAGGGCACAAUGGAAAGGGAAGCCGUGGUAUAUUGGCUGGAGUAAUUGUGAUCCCAAUGUCCGUCAGAUAUUGCGCAAAUACUAUAACAAACCUUACUUUAUACCACAUGACGCUGAGACAGGCGAUCAAGACUGGAUAUUUAUGGGAGGGCCUGGACCUGGUGCGCCCAUACACAUUGACAUGGUGCAGCGUCCUUCAUGGCAGGCCCAGCUGUCAGGACAAAAGAUGUGGACCCUUAUUCCUCCUCCAGAGUGUGAACACGUCUGCAAGACAGUACAAGUGACAAUGCAGAAAGGAGAGAUCAUUGUCCUGGACACCAACCAGUGGUUUCACUCCACGAAAAUUAUUCCCACUGGAGAACUGAGCAUCACAAUUGGAGCAGAAUACGACUGAUGUUUUGUUCUAAACUUGUUUUAUUUCAUACACCAGUAAGGGGUAAGAGGCGAAAUAAUAUCCGUGAGUUAUAAACAACUGCAACUUAACGCAAGUGUAUCAGUGAAUCAAUCAUGUUAUUAAAAUAAUAUGUAAAACCUUAUUUCACUGUCUACUUACAGACUGUGUAUGUAAACUGUUAAUUCCAAAAUAAAAGUGGUUAAAAUUUGACAAAUUGAUUGAGUAAUUUGUUUCAUGAUUCACUCGCUAC